AUGGCAAAAGGUUUUCUUUGCGGCAUUGGCUCUAAUUGUAUAAAUGGUUUUUUGGUUUUAGCAGCACUACUUGGAACGAGGCGUCUAUUGGAAGAAAAUAAUCAGGUCCUCAAUAAAAUUUCAGCUAACCUCUCAACAUUCAAGUUGCAGGACAACGUUGAUCUCUUUUUCCAGACGAAGAACAAUUUAAGUGCGAUUUUAAAUGACAUGGGAAAUAUGCCAGGGAUUAUGAGCCAAAUGCCACCACUUCCUGUCUUCUUGAAUGAGGAGCUUGCUAGUAGUCUUUUGCUCAGUCCAGCUCAGCCCAUGAUGUUUGGCUGCAGAAGUGGAAUCAAGUUGAAACAGGAGCCAGCGUGUUGAUAGAGAAUGCUCGGUGCUCAGUUUGGGUUAUUGGCGUAAAGUACAGAAUUUUAGUGUAAAUGUAUAAAAGGCUGGCUGUACUUACAUGACCAGGCCGAUGAAAAGAACAUUCAUCAAAAUCCUUUUUUCGGAAGCUGAAUAUCUGAACAAAAAGCACCUGGAAAUAACAGCCUCGCUAUCAUUCCAUAUCAAGGCAAAGUCUGUAUCAGAUAAUGCACUUAGAAGCUUAAGAUCAUGUUUCAACUUUCCGCGUUGUAAAUUCAAUGGACAAAUAUAAUUUUUCGAAUCAUCCUUUAGUUUUGUAAUGUGUUAACUGUCUCUUGCCUUGUUUUUUCUAAUUUGUUGUAAAAGACAAAUUAUUGAGUAUUGGAUUGAAAUGAACUCAAUUAUAGCAGAAUGGAA